GCGGGCGGGGCGCGCAUGCCCGCGCUGCCGCAACGCCCGGCGCUCCCGCCUCUCCCGCCUCCCUCAGCCGGGCUGCCGCGGCGGAGCAGCGGUAACACCAUGGAGGCCGCUCCACAGCCCCGGCCCGGCGGGGCCGCCGCCCCCCUGCCGCCGCCGCCGCCCCCGGAGCAGGAGCGGAAGCUGGAGCAGGAGAAGCUGUCGGGGGUGGUGAAGAGCGUCCACCGACGGCUACGCAAGAAGUACCGGGAAGUGGGAGACUUUGAUAAGAUCUGGCGUGAGCACUGUGAGGAUGAGGAAACCCUCUGUGAAUAUGCUGUGGCAAUGAAAAACCUUGCAGAUAAUCACUGGGCAAAAACUUGCGAAGGGGAAGGCCGGAUUGAAUGGUGUUGCAGUGUAUGCCGAGAAUAUUUUCAGAACGGUGGGAAAAGAAAAGCACUUGAAAAAGAUGAAAAAAGAGCGCUUCUUGCUUCCAAGACCACUCCAGCUUUAAAUGUUCCCCAGGCUCCCAAGGUUGAAGAUCCCUUGCCAAACUUUGGCUUGACAAAUCAUGAAGCUGUAACAGAAGAAUUGCUCCACUCCUUGGGGAAGAUCAGAUUACUUGAUGUUGGUAGCUGCUUUAAUCCAUUUCUGAAGUUUGAAGAAUUUCUGACAGUUGGCAUAGAUAUUGUUCCAGCUGUUGAGAGCGUAUACAAAUGUGACUUCUUAAAUCUUCAGAUCCAGCAACCUCUCCAACUGGCACAAGAUGCUAUAGAUGCCUUUCUUAAGCAACUCAAAAAUCCCAUUGAUUCUCUGCCUGGAGAACUGUUCCACGUUGUUGUUUUCUCACUCCUCCUUUCUUACUUUCCAUCGCCUUAUCAACGAUGGAUAUGCUGCAAGAAGGCACACGAACUUCUCGUAUUAAAUGGCUUAUUGCUUGUAAUAACUCCUGAUUCAUCUCAUCAGAAUCGCCGGGCUAUGAUGAUGAAGAGCUGGAAAAUUGCCAUAGAGUCCUUGGGUUUUAAACGCUUCAAGUAUUCCAAGUUUUCUCACAUGCACCUGAUGGCAUUUAGGAAAACGUCCCUGCAAACAACAAGUGACUUAGUUAGCAGGAACUACCCAGGAAUGUUGUAUAUCCCACAGGAUUUCAACAGUAUAGAGGAUGAGGAGUAUUCCAACACUUCCUGCUACGUUCGGUCGGAUACAGAAGAUGAACAGCUCGCUUACGGUUUUAUGGAGCUACCUGAUGCUCCUUAUGACUCGGACUCUGGAGAAAGCCAGUCUAGUUCAAUUCCUUUCUAUGAGCUAGAAGAUCCUAUAUUGCUUCUAAGUUAAUGUAGUCAUUGAAGCGCCCUUUCAGUCAAACCUCUUGCUUAAACUAAUUUUGCUAUACUAACAUGAGCUCAACACACAAAAAUGGUUUGCAUAGAGAAAAUGCAAAGGUUUACAGAGUUUGCUAUUUUUUUCUACUUUUGAAUUUUAAAAUUUAUUCUUGUAUGAAAGUGAAGAAAUACAAGUUUUAUGCAAAUGACUCAUGUCAUAGCAUAAAUUGCUGUUACUUUCUUUAGAUUCGUAUCACUAAUUUUUUUUCCAGAAAGGUACCAUUCUUUUCUUUAGUGCUGUGAAGUGUGAAUUCUAUUUAAUUUGCUAAAUGUUGUUUCAAUAUUUUAACUCAAUGUGGUUGAGCUUAAGGCACUGGAGUUGGUGGGAUUCUGAGAAGUAUAUGUAGGAAGAAAUAAUUUGCACUUUAAUUAAAUGUGCAGAUAGGUUAAGAGACUUGGUUACACAUGUCCCUUCUUAAUUACGGAACAAAACUUUUUCUUCCAAAAUUUGUUUCACUCUGGUUAAGCUUGGGCUGGAGGAACUAUAAUGCUUGCACGUUUGAUUUUAUGUUCAUUGCAGUCCUAUUGAGAUAACAUCAAAUCAAAAUAACACCAAAACACUGGAAUAUUUUCAUCCAUAGUUACGCAAUGAAAUUACACAGUAUGUGUAAGUAGUAGUUAGACUUGAGAUUUCUAAGGAGGUUAUCUCCCUGCUCAGAGGAGGAUGGGUACGUCUAGGCAGUUAUGUUUCACUUCAAAAUUGGAACAUAGUUUUGCCGUUUUACAAGUGUACAAGCACUAACAGAUAUCAGUAUUUUCCCAAUGGUGGUUGUCUGUAUUUUCUCCAAACUGUGUUUUUUGGGGGACAGGGUGGGUUUUGUCAUGUUUUAAAGUAAAUUAUUUAUGCCUUUUAAAAACAAACAACUUUUUCUUUAAUUGUCCUUACUUGUAGACCUCCCAAGUUAUACGGUCACUACAGACCGAUUUUGUAAAAAGUUUUUCAAGGGUACACAUAUUUGCACAAAGCUGUGUAUUCACACCUCACAAGUGAAGCCAACUUACACUAUUUGUUUGCUUAUUUGGACCCAAACAUUUUCUAGUUAAAUAAAAACUCCACAGCUGUCUGAAAGCUGGUCUGCACUGUAAGGAGAUGGAACAGAAGUGCUUUGUAUCUCUUAAGUUUUUUAACUUGUGUAAUAAAUUUGUGAGUUUUUGCAGGAAAGAACCAAUUCUGUUCAGUGGUAAAAAAUAGAGGAUUCAGCAUUAGUUUCGCUUAGAUUUCCUUCCAUUUAAAAAUAAUGGCCAGAAUUUUCAGAUGUGAAUGUUAGGCUGUUAAAUCUAUAUGUAAGUGCCUAAUAAUAAAUUAUUUGAAUGAGGUGCCACAUCAUGGUUUGAAGACUGACCUCAGCAACGUGGUAGAAAUAUACUAAUAGAUAGUUUUGCAGAUGGUUAUGAUGAAAUCUAACUUACACCAUAUUAACCUACCAUGUUGUAUGUAUAAUACAGAAGCUACCAGAUAAACUGAAGUUGUAGCAUGGAUUUUACAGCAGUUGCUACAAAAACGAAACUUACUCCUUCCAUUGAAGCUUUGCACUGUGUCAGAGUUUGACCUACCUGUUUUUGUUUUUUCUUUCAUAUUGUUUCCUACAGAGUCAUCCCGCAUUGGUCCUGCUUACACUCAAACAUGAUCUGGACUGCCAUAUUUUAUUCUUUAACGUAAGCUUUUUGUGUCUCUCAAAUGUAAAGCUUACCCUAAUAUCCGAGUCAAAUUUGUUAAUCAAUCUGAAUGAUAUAGCUAUAAACAAACAAAUUAUAUUCUGAUGUGUUUAAAAAAAAGAAGUCUAUAAGUCAGUAUUUGCAUCUAAUGCUUUUACCGCUUUACUUUCACUAAAAUGUUUGUCAGUCAAAGCCUUUCUUCUUCCCGGUUAACCACUGACUGCAGCAGUGCUCAAGUUAAAGGUAAAAUAUUGGUGCUAUAAAUUCAGCUGUUUAUGGAAGCUUAAUCUGUGCAUACUUCAAAGUGUACCAAACAUUUUAACUUAUACUCCUUUUUUAAAAAAAAGUUAUAUGCUAGCCAACAUAUGUUGGCAUUGGUUAAUGUAAAUUGAUUUGUGAUUCAUACAAAAAAAUCAGUUCAGACCAAGAUUUAUCUCCCCAAAAUAGUUAAAAGUAUUAACACUUAAAACUUAAGCCUCUUUGGCAGGUUGGUGACACCAUUAUAUUUGUGGUUUAGGGACCCAGGAUUCAUAACAGCUUGGUUUUCUUGCUGCUCUUUCUAAAUACCUAAAGUGUUUUGUUUGUGUUUUGGGGUUUUUUUGUUGUUGUUUGUGGGGUUUUUUGUUUUUUUUUUUUUUUACAAGGGACAGUAGACUGUUGUGGAGGAAGAAAGUGGGAUUUACAGAAAUACUUAUACCUCCCUGAACAAUAAAGUGGUGAUAUCAGGAGUUGUUGGAUAUUUGGUUUUGAUGCGAGAAGAAUGUUUCUAGGUUGUAUUUGAAAAUUAUGACUGUGCAAGAGAUCUCUCAUUCUUAAGGUGCUGGAGAGAAAGUGGAAAAAAUGUGUAUUCGCAUUUCUGUUGUCUUUAUGUCACUACUUUUUGUGAACAAAGCACAUUUAUUAAAAAAAUUGAACUGAAAA